AUGAGGUGCUUGAAACCCACAAUCGCUUGGAUUUGCGGUACAACCUACUGCAAGGCUGACGGACUUUUAAGCCCUCGCAUUGUUUUCAGCCCUAACGAUGCUAUUGCCUAUUAUUCCAAGAUUUAUCCCGAUUGUGAUUUGAGCGUUCUUUUGGAGCGUAAUCAGAUUGAGUUGCCUUGCGGUAAAUGUGCCGCUUGUCAAAUUCGCAAGCGAAAGGAUAUGAGCGUUCGGUUGUGUCACGAGCGUAUGAUGUGUGCACAAGCCGUUUUUGUCACGCUCACCUAUAAUGAUGAUAGCGUUCCUGUCACUGACGAUAAGCCAUUUUUUGUUGAUAGUAAUCGUCAUAAGGAUGAUUCCAAGCGUUUUUCUCGUGGUAUUUCCAAUGGUCUUCAUCCAACUCUUCUCUCUUCCGAUUUACAGAAGUUCAUUAAGCGUCUUCGUUGGCAUUUAGGUUAUCGUGGCACGAAGUCCGCCAAGGGUCGUUUUGAUUAUUGCCCCAAUAUCCGCUAUUUUGCCGUUGGUGAGUACGGCACUCAUACUCAUAGACCCCAUUACCACCUUAUCAUUUAUGGAGUAAACAGAUUGAGCGGUGUUGGUCUUACGGCUAUUCUUCGGUUUCUUCUGUUUCGCCCGCCGUUGCCAAAUACAUGCGCUCGUUAUGUGACCAAGAAGUUUGCUCGUUUGGAGCAAAAGAUUUCUUGUCACCUUGCGUUAGUUCCCGAAUUUACACUGCAAUCUGUUCGCCAUGGCGGUAUUGGUGCUACUUGGUUCCAUCGUUUCGGCGUGGAUGCCUGUAAGGUUGGUUUGACUUCCAUCGUUGUUAAUGGUCGUGUCAGCAAAUGUUCUUUGCCGCAGUAUUAUUUGCGGUUGUUGCGUAAACAUUAUCCACAAGUUUACAUUGAUUUGCGCAAUAGCCGUAUUGAUUUCGUCAAGCGUAAUGUUGGUAAUUUGGUCACUUUUGACGACCUCAAACGCUCGGUAGAGGUUGCCAUGCUCACCGAUAGGUAUCAGUCCUAUGGUGAGAUUUUUUAG